UUUCGAUGCAUACGUAAAAAAUCGCACUGCAUAAUAUGUGUAAAACGUGACACAUUCGUCUGACACUUGGUAUAAUCUGUGCUUAAUAGAACUUGAGAGAGGACUGGACUUGGACUCGAAACUUGAAACUUCAGUGACGUACUCAUUUUGCCACGAUGGCCGAAGCCGGUGUAAACAUUGCAUCUACUGUGAUGGAAACUGUAGCUUCAGCCCAGAAUGAGUCCGUGGUAUCAGGGAUAGAAUUCCAAGCUUCACAAGUGAUUGAACGUUUGGAAGAGGCAGUUGAGAAGGCAGAAGAUGGAGAUGGAGGGUCUGCAGCAGGACAGUCCUGGAAGAAUUCUAGUGCCUUCCUCCCACUUCCAAGCAAAACCACUGAGGAGAUUCUUUCACAGUUGGAGGACAUGAUAAUUCAUGAGGACUCUGGCAGUCCAAGUGAUUCUCCUGAAGAAGAAGGUUCUCAUAGACCCACAGUUGCUCCUCUGCCUCAGUUAGAUGCUGCUGCUCGAUUGGCAGUUGUUACGCAUAGUGUGGCAGCAUUUUCUACUGCUUUGGAGCGUUCUCACCUGCAGCGUCUCAGCACUCGCAUUACGUCAGACACCACACGAUGGCUUAGUCAUCUUUUCAGGUUUUUUGAUUGUGCAGCAUUUUUUCAUGAUGACAUGCUGGAAGGGGUGGUGAAGCUGACACGGAUGAUGCUACACUACAAAUAUCCAAAGUACCUGGAGGAUGGGUUUGAUGCCUUGACCUCUCGCCCACCUGUCAUCUACAGUAGUGUGGCAUCUCCCCUUGGUGUAGUACAGCAUAUUUGUCGUCAGCUGGGACUGCCUAUGUAUUGUGUUCGUCCUGUGCCAUGCAAUACACUGUUUGGUUCUCAGCAGAAGAUAGAUGUGGCAGCUUUAGAGCGAUUAAUUGAAGAGGAUAAAGCUAGCAACAGGAUACCACUUAUUGUGCUUGCAGAUGCCGGUACCACAAUAGCAGGUCAUGUUGACAAUGUGCAGAGACUCCAAGAAUUAUGCAAACAGCAUGACAUAUGGUUCCACCUUCGUGGUCACAGUCUUGCAGCCCUUGCUAUGGUGUCGGUCCAAAAUAUGCCAACCAGAAUUGCUGAUAGCUUCACACUACCUCUUGGGAUCUGGCUUGGUAUUCCUGCUCUGCCAGUGGUUACACUGUACCGCUUAUUUGAUGGUAGUUCGAAGAGGCAAGGCCAAACCAUGUCUGCAGUUGGAGUGCCCAGAGAGAGUACAUUGCCCCUUGUAGCUGGGCUGACAGCAGACCACUUCACACGGCGUCUCAGUUGCUUGUCAUUGUGGGCUGCUUUACAGGCAUUGGGUCGAGAUGGUGUACAGUCCAAAGUUCGUGAGGCAUUUGAAUCUAGUGAACUGAUAUGGAAAAAGAUAUCCAAAUAUCCGUGUUUGAGGUUACUGAGUCAACAGCCUGGAGGGGAGGCUGGGACCUUUACUGUGGCAGAGUUGGUGUCCAAACCAGUCGGUACAGCAGUGUUACUAGAAGUGGUGGCCUGCACGGUUGUGUUUCAGUUUGUGCCAGAGAGUAGUAACAGUGACGCAGGUGGUCGAGUGCCAUCAUACUACGACAAGCUCAAUUCCUGGUUAGGACAAAUCCUGCAGCGUGAUGCUUCCCAUGUACCAAUGGAGAUUUGUGAACUCGAGACUAGUGGUGUGGUGCUACGCUAUUGCCCGCUGGAAAUGGAUGGUGAUAAGAUUCCAGAUGCAGCUGAUGUUGAGAUGUUUGUAAUCUGUCUAGAACAGCAGCUGGAUAUUCUUUCAGCUACUGUACAGCACAAAGAGAUGUUUCAGCGUUUAGUAACUGCAUCUCCUCGCUUGCGUCUGGUGGAUAUGCCAGGGUGGGCAGGGCUGGGUGGAGUGCGUUAUGUGCCUGAAGGAUGGGAGCAGCUCAUGACAGAUCAGGCAAAGGAGGAGCUCAACAGACUCAAUAUGCAGUUGGUGGAACAGCUGCACAGCACUGAUGCUGCUUUCUCUGUUGGGGAAGGCACAGAUGGGUUAGUGUGUGUCAGGUUUGGUAUGGUGACAACUGACACAGAUGUGGAGGAACUGCUUGGUUUGGUUGUGACAAUGGGUCAGGAGGUCGAGGAAUCAUCACGGUUCCUUGAGACCAUGACUGAGAUUGUCAAGAAAGGCAUCGAAGCUGCGACAUUGGACUUGCAGAAAGAGAAUGAAGAGCGACUAUGGCAGGAGGGUAUCUUACGUCAUGUCCCGGUGUUUGGUUCACUUGUCAACUGGUGGUCUCCCCCUAGUAAAGAGAGUGGCAUCAAGGGUCGCAGCCUCAACCUUACUGCAGGUGUGGUUGAAAGUACUGAGAACAUCUACCGUUAUCACAUGCAGCUGCAGCAAGGAGCCAGUUCCCCACCAGGUUCAAGGAACCCUCCACAGCCUCAAGUACAGACUCCAGUUGCACCCUCUGUAGGAGGAAAGCACUCUAGAUCCUCAUCACAUAGCUCUGAGCAGUCUCAGUCCCAGUCUGUACCCACUUCCACAGUCGUUAUCACCAGUCCGGAAGUCGUCUCGGAAUCUGUGACCUCUUAGCCCCGUCUGUUUUUACGUAAAGGAGUCCAGCAGCACCUAAGCAUAUGUACUACAAGAAAAGAGCUAGCAGCUUGAUAGAGCAUCUGCAUUUAUUACACUUGUUCUUUUUCUCUGUUGCACCGGAUCUCACGUUUUCAUCAAAUGAAUUAGCGUACGAAUAAUUGAAGAGUUUACAACUCUUACAUAAAGUCUGUUUUACCAUUUAUAUCUGAUUAGCGUUCGUGCUCUUUUCAUUUUGGGAUCGUAUGUUUUCAUAUGUAAUUCGUAUAUUUUAUAGGACCAAAACAUUUUUAAAUUUGACAAUAUUUCUGCCCAUAUUAAAAUAUUUCCAAAUCGUAAAAUUAUUAAAGGUAUAAUUUUCUACACUAAUGCUUAAGGGAGUAAUUCUGCAUUCUACUGAUAUUCUUCCUCCGUUAGUUGUGACUGCGGUGACCUCUGUUGUUAGGAAUCAUUGUCCUGUUGAUAUUUCUUAUUUUUUAUUGCGUGAUAUGUUAUUCCUGCAAAUUGUCUUCCCUGCCAUCAUUUCUGUGCAGCAUUCUUAACGCUCUGAAUUAGUAUGAUUCUGCAGAAGAUGAAGUUUCUCCACAUCUGUCUUACUUUUGUUUCAGUACGUUUUAAGUCACAUAGUGUAACGAGAUCUCGUUGCCAGAUGAUGAGAUCUUAGGUUUAACACCACAGGAUAUUGUCAGGUAACACUAUUUGUGAAUUUAACAAAUAAGAUCAAUUCUGAGAUGGAAUACGUAAAUCAUUAAACAUAAUAGUUAUGGAUUAUGUGGUAUAUACUUGUAGAUUCCUGGCCACAGGUAUAUUUGAUAGACGCAGUGUGAUAACUUAACAGAUGCCGUUCUUUUAGUCUUAUUAGCCCGUUGAUUCCCAAAUAUUCUCUUGUGGAACACUGGUGUUGCAUCAGUCUUUUCCAUAUUUGCAUUUUAUUUGUUAUGUGAUGAGGUGUGCGGACCGUAAUAUAAUACGAGAUAUUUCCCGCUAGUAACGUUGUUCCUAGUUUGAGAGAUGGCUUUCUGCAGAGAGUGUUAUGAUAUCCAGGUGUUCUAUGAACUAAGGAUGUUUGGGAACCAUUCUAUUCGCACAUUGGCAGCACUGAGAGUCGUCACUGCCAUAAGGAGAGGUAAUAUUUAUCUUCUUGAUAACUGUACAAUCAACAGUGAACCAAACUAAUCAAUCUUUGGCAAAUAGCUCAGGAUAUAAAUAAAAUGUUAUGGGCUGUGGUGUUGUUUGUUGCUGUUAAGUUGUUUGGAACAACCAUUCUUAACAGUUACCGUGCAUUAUCACGUAGAAAUGCUUCAUCAAUGCCAAAGAUGCCUAAGAAAAUAGUAAUAUUGUAAUAAUAUUGUAAAUUAAUUUAAAUUGUAAGUGUAUGUAAAAUAAUUAAAAUAUGAAUAUAUUAUCAGCUCAUUUCCUCGUCUUUUUAAUAACAGUUCUGAAUAUCUACAAAAUUUGAUCAAGUACUGAAAUUAUAUUAGAGGUUAGUACUUGUUUUAUCAACAUAUAAGGGUAAUUCAAACAAAAAGGAUUAUUUUACUAAAAACACUUUCAAGCCACAAUUUGUUGUAGACCUUCUACAACUCACGUAUGUAUGCUAUGGCUGGUGCAAGUGUGAACGUAGUUGUAGUUCCAUAGAGAAUUAUGUACUAACUUGGAAAUGUGUGAUUUUGUUCAGUGUUUUGCAGCUGAAAUUUUGUACAUGAAAGAUUAUUUAUGCCAAUAUUUAAAGAUUGAUAAUCUCUUGGAAAACUUA